UGUUAAAGCUCAUCUUUUUUUCUUUCUCUCUCUUUUUUGGUUUACAUGAGCUCUGUAAGUGCUUCAUUAAUGGCGGUUAUCAAAAUCUAGUAAGGUUUAGCAUAAAUUCUAUCCAUUUCGAAGUUCAAAAGUGAAAGAUUUCAGAUUUAUCGGUGGGGAGUGUUUUUUAUUGUUGGAUCAUGGUUCUGAUUUCUUUUUGCUUCAGCUUCAAUUUAUAGGAGUUUCGUGGAUCUUAGAUUUUGAUGUGGCUAUGCCUUAUAUGGUUCGAUUUAUGGAAAAGGAGUGAUUUUUGGAAUCAUAGGAGAAAUGGAUUAACGAUAUUUGAAUCUGGGGACUGAUUUGGAUCUGGUUUAGGUGGAAUUGAUGGAAGGAAAGGUGGCUAGACCUAGAGGUAGACCGAGGAAACGCCAGAGACCUGAUGAUCAAAAUGGAGUGUCUAAUCGAGGGAAGAGGCCGGUUUUGGAGAUGAAAGUGACAGUACCUAGAUCUCUUCUUGGUCGUUAUGUGUUGAAGGAUUUUGAUGACAGUAGAGUUUCUCUUGGGAAGAUAAUUUCGUAUAAUAGUGGGUUGUAUAGAGUUGAUUAUGAGGAUGGUGAGUUUGAGGAUCUGGAAACUUGUUAUCUUCGUCAGUUAAUUAUUGGGGAUAGUUACUUUGAUGAUGAAUUACGUGUUAGAAGAAGUAAAUUAGACGAAUUUAUACUGAAAAAGGACGAAAGGAAGAAAACAGAUUACAUCAAGAACAAAGGAGUUGAGCUGCAAAAUCGAGUGAAUGAAGUUGAGGUGCCCACAUCUACUAGCCCAAGUUCUGUGGCAGAAGUUGAAAGUGGUUGUUCGUCUUCUUGUUUACCUGACUGUGAAGAUAACAGAGAUCCAUAUAUAGAAACUAUGUCGCCUCUUGUCCCAGUUCCACCAGUGGAUUUACCUUCUUCAUCAGGAACAAUUUGUAUCCCUGAGGAGGCUGUGGUGCAUCUUUUAUCUGUAUACGGUUUCUUAAGAUCAUUCAGUGUUCAGUUAUAUAUCCUCCCAUUUGGAUUGGAUGAUUUUGUGGGAGCAUUGAAUUUCGGAGGACCAAAUUCUUUGCUGGAUGCCAUUCAUGUUGCCUUGAUGCGGGCACUGAAGGGUCAUCUUGAAAGACUCUCCUUAGAAGGGUCUGAAGUGGCUUCGAAAUUCCUGAGGUGCAUUGAUUGGAGCUUGCUCGAUGCGCUAACUUGGCCUGUUUAUUUGGUUCAGUACUUUUCUGCCAUGGGACAUGCAAGUGGGCCUCUCUGGAGAGUUUUUAAUGAAUACGUUGUGGAGAAAGAGUAUUAUUCCUCACCUGUAGUGAUGAAGUUGAAGAUCCUGCAAAUUCUGUGUGAUGAUGUCUUUGAUGUAGCAGAUGUAAGAGCUGAAAUUGAUACUCGAGAAGAAUCUGAAGUUGGAGUUGAUCCUGAUGGCGUUACUGCUGACCUUCCUGAAACUGGACCUAGAAGGGUCCACCCCAGAUUUGCUAAAACCUCAGCUUGCAAGGAGAAAGAGCUUAGUGAAUUUGUUGCAGUUAAUCAUGGGAUAACUUCAAUGAAUGAGUCAAAAAAUUUGAGUUCAAGAUAUACUGAUGGUGGUCAUGGAGAUAGCUCAGAUCUGGAUGGGAACAGUGAUGAAUGUAGGCUCUGCGGCAUGGAUGGGACGUUGCUGUGCUGUGAUGGAUGCCCUUUAGCAUAUCACUCGAGAUGCAUUGGUGUGAUCAAAAUGUAUAUACCAGAUGGGCCGUGGUAUUGUCCAGAAUGCACAAUCAAUAAAAUAGGGCCAACUAUUGCUCAUAAAACGUCACUCAGGGGAGCAGUGUAUUUUGGAGUGGAUCCACAUGGGCGACUCUUCUUGGGUACAUGCAAUCACUUACUGGUGCUUAAAAUUUCUGUCCAUGCGGAUGCAGAUAUUAAAUACUACGAUGCCACCGACAUUCCAAAAGUUGCCCUGGUGCUUUUGUCUGCAACGAACCAUAGAAUGGAAUAUCUGUAUAUAUGCAAAGCGAUCUCGCAAUACUGGGAUCUGCCUGGAGGUUUGAUCUCUUAUCUGAGAGCAGUGGAGAUUGAUUUAGCACACAUGCAAAAAGAAGGGUGCGACGAGGUGUCAGCCGUAUUUAGACCUGAUAGUGCAAGUAGUUCCAGUGGAAAUAAAAUUCAAAUUGCGUUUGGCCUCCACGCAUCUGCUUCAGGCUGUACUGGCAGUCCCGUAUUAGGAGGACCAAGUGGAGUGCAAGAGAAGAAUCUAGUUGCUGGCAUUACACUCAAGGGUUCUUCAUUUAAACCUCAUACUUACAUUAAUCAUUACACUAAUGGAGAAUUGGCUGCAUCAGCUGCUGCUACUUUUGCUGUCCUAUUGUCAGAGGAAACCCAUGAACCUGAUCUUCAAAAAUUUAGUAACGCCAAGAAAGCUGCAGCGAGUAACAUCUUGCUACAGGUGAAAGCAUUUUCGUUAGUAGCCUUGCGUUUCUUCUGGCCAAGUCCUGAUAAGAAGGAAAUCACAAGGGAAAGGUGUGGAUGGUGUCAUUCUUGCAAACUCACUUCGGCAAGUAGGAGAGGAUGCAUGUUAAAUGCAGCUGUAACAGGGGCCACCAAAAGUGCCAUGAAAGUCUACAGUGACCUUUUUCCACUUAAAAAUGGGGAUGGAGUACUUUCUAGUAUUGCAGCAUAUCUCCUAUAUCUGGAGGAAAGCUUACGUGGUCUCAUUGCGGGGCCAUUUCUUAGUGAGAGUUUUAGGUAUCAGUGGCGUAAGAAGUUAGAGGAAGCUUCAACAUGCAAAGCGAUUAAAGCCCUCCUGCUUGAACUUGAGGAAAACAUUUGUAGUAUUGCUCUGUCAAGUGACUGGCUUAAAUUAGUGGAUGAGUGGUUAAUAGAACAUUCUAUAUUUCAAAGCGCUCCAGUUACUGUUGCGGGCACACAGAAACAUAGACCUGGUAAGAGGAGGCAGAGGAACCAGGCCGAAAUUACAGCCCAAGGUUCUGAUGAUGAUAGCUUUACUUGGUGGCGAGGGGGGAAGAUAUCAAAAGUUAUACUCCUGAAGGCUGUCUUGUUGAAGCCUAAGAGAAGGAAAGCAGCUUCGCAAGGUGGUGUGAAAAAGUUUCCGGAGUUUAGUUAUAGUGAUGGUUCUUACAUUCCUAAAAGAAGCAGGCGGUCUAUGUGGAAAGCCGCAGUUGAAAGUAGCAAAAACAUAUCUCAGCUUGCUCUUCAGGUUAGAUACCUAGAUCUGAAUAUAAGAUGGAGUGAACUUGUACGCCCAGAGCAAAACGUGCAAGAUGUUAAAGGUCCAGAGACAGAGGCCACUGUUUUUAGGAACGCUAGUAUUUGUGACAAGAAGAUUAUAGAUAACAAGGUUAGAUAUGGAGUUGUCUUUGGGAAUCAAAAGCAUCUGCCAUCCCGUGUCAUGAAGAAUAUCACUGAAGUCGAGAAAACUGAAGAUGGAAAGGAAAAAUAUUGGUUUCUUGAAGCACGCGUUCCCUUAUAUUUGAUCAAAGAAUAUGAAGAAAGUUUGCAUAGGGUACACAUACCUUUCAUCAAGAAACCGUCAAGAAAAAUAUCAAAGCUCCAGAAAAUGCAACUUAAAGCUUCUCGAGCGAACAUAUUUUCUUAUCUAGCCUCCCGGAGGGACAGCACGGAGAAGUGUUCUUGUGCAUCAUGUCAUCUCAAUGUUUUUGUGAGGGAUGCAACAACAUGCAGUACUUGCCAAGGUUACUGCCACAAGGAAUGUACUAUGAGUACACCACACACAAGUGGGAGAGUUGAACUUUUGGUAACCUGCAAACGGUGCUACCUUGCAAGAGCCCGUUCACUAAUCAAUAUCAAUCAUAGGCAUCCAACAACAGCUGCUGUCCUUGUCAACAGACCACAUCAAAAUGCAGUCACUCAAGUCACCAAGACACAGGGUAAGAGUCUUAAUCAACAUGCAGUCACUCCAGUCACCAAGACACAGAUUAAGCCUCUUAAUCAACAGUUAGCAUCUUCCGACAUACGCAACACCACGUCAGGAGUUAAACAAAUCACUCCUGAUUCCAAUUUGGCACCUAAAAGUAAACACAAAACAUUGUCUUGGGGAGUCAUAUGGAGGAAAAAGAGCUUGGAAGACACAGGUGUUAGCUUCAGACAUCAACAUGUUCUGUUGGCUGCACGCUCUGGUCAGCCGAAUCCGGAACCAGUUUGCUGGCUCUGCAAACUGCCGUAUAAUCCUGGUCUAACAUAUAUUCACUGUACAAGCUGUGACAAGUGGUACCAUAUCGAAGCGAUUAAGCUCGAGGAAUCGAAAAUUCCUGAAGUUGUUGGGUUCAAGUGUUGCAAAUGCCGUCGUAUAAGAUCACCAGAUUGCCCUUACAUGGAUCCCAUACUGAGGGAACAGAAGCAGAUGAAACAAGUAUUCUCCAGGAGGCAGAAACCUAAGAAAGGAAGUAUUGGAAUGGAUUCUGAUUCUGAAAGAAUGUCUGAACCAAAAGACUCCAUGCCCUCUACUCCCUCAUUCCCCUUUGAAGAUACGUUUGUUCCAGAGGAUGAUCCUCUCUUGAUGUCAGUUUCAAAAGUUGAACAAUCUACACCUAACAAUGUGGAUGUCGAAUGGAACGGGGAUGGUUCAGUGCCAGGACCCCAGAAGCUACAAGUUAGGAGACAAGUGAAACGUGAAGACACAGACGGGAAUAGUAGUUUUUCUUACACCGAGUUUUUAAUGCAACCCGAAUCAAUACCUAUUGUGAAACCAGAAAUGGAGGCAACAUUUCCUGUCAUGGAAUGGGAUGCAUCUGGCAACAACAACAUGGUUGAAGGCGAGCUAAUGUUUGACUACGAAGACAUGGAAUUCGAACCUCAAACAUAUUUCUCUCUUACCGAGUUACUCACAACAGAUGAUAGUGGCCAGUGCGAUGGGCAUGGAGAUUACAAGAAUGCUUUAGGAAACAUGGAUAACCCGAACCCUCAGGUUGAGACAACAGUGGAACAGUGUAGAGCAUUUCUCUCUGACAAUACAAUUCCAUGUCAGAUAUGUAUGCAUGUGGAUCCUGAACCUGAUCUCACAUGUCAGACUUGUACUAUGACUAUACAUUCCCACUGUUCUCCAUGGGAGGAGGAAUCUACCUGCACGGGAGGUAGCUGGAGAUGCGGUCGUUGCCGUGAGUGGCUGUAGCUGGCAGGUUUUCUCCUCCCAAAGUUAAGUUUCCAUACAAUUCUUUUAUGUUUGCAUUUUCUGGCUAUAGGCCAUUUGUGCUGCUUUUGGGGUUUUUAAUGAAGGGAAUACAAAGAGUACGUGUUGUCAAAAGAAGUAAAUUAAAUUUGUAUGAAAAUAAGUAAAAGCUCUCCUUGCAAGGCACAGGAGAUAAGCUCGUAUUUCUGUUGUUUCUGCAAAGGAGUCUCCGAGUUUCUUUGAUGCUCGUUUUGCUUGAGAAUGAUACCAAUACUAUAUAUACCAAGUCUUGAAUGAUAUUACUUGAGACCAUCGGUGUUCUGGUACUGACUUAAUGCCAAUAUUUAUUUGGAUACUAGAAUACUUGUAAUUUUGGAAAGAAAUGAUUCUAGAACA